CUGUGAUGUACUGCUGUCUUUUCAACAGUACGUGGAUGUCCCUACAAGAAAAGAGAACACUCUGGAUUUGUGUUCUGGUAAUAUAACUGAUGCCUUCAGGGCUCACCCUCCACUCGGCUUCUCUGACCACAAUGUUGUGUUCAUCCUCCCGCAAUACAAACCGGAACUGAAACGCAUCAAGCCACAAACCCACAGCAUCGCCCAGUGGUCGGAGGACUGCAGGGCUCUCUCGCCUGCACCGACUGGGGCGUUUUUCAGGGAAGUCUGGAUGAGCGGAUCUCACUGAUAACGGACUACAUGAAGUUCUGCAUCACCAGCGCUAUUCCGACAAAAACCAUCACCAGAUACCCAAAUUCUAAACCCUGGAUCACCCCCCAUAUCAAGCAUGCUCUCAAGGAAAAACAGAAAGCUUUUAAGCAGAAGGACUGGGCCAGUCUCAAACUACUCAAUAGACAGACAAAAAACGACAUCAUCAAAGCCAAAAUGAAAUUCAAAGAUAAACUGGAGCGGGAAGUUAGUAACAUGAACACAAAACAAGCUUUCCAAAGAGUCAAAAUAUUAACCGGACAGGAACAAAAACAGAACCACAUCACAGCACCAGACCCAUUAACCUCUGCCAACACCCUAAACAGCUUAUUUGCCUGGCUCGACACCCACGACUACUCUACCACAUGUGAGGACUUGCUCAGCGCCCUCCCUCGCCAAGACCCCACAUACCCCCCUUCACAGAGGAGGAUGUCCGACAGCAGCUGGCCAGACAACACCUGGACCCACAUCAGUUUGCAUACAGACCAACACGAGGUACGGAGGAUGCAGUGGCAUGCCUUCUCCAUCCCAUCCUUCAACACCUACAGACAUCUGGCAACUUUGUCUCAGUCCUUUUCAUUGACUUCAGUUCCGCUUUCAACAACAGGUCAUCAAAAAAUUACAUCACCUCAACUUCCACAGCAACAGACCACAGACUGUGAUAAUUGGCUCAACAACAUCAUCAACCAUCAUCACCAACACUGGAGCCCCCCAGGGCUGUGUUCUCAGCCCCUUCCUCUACACCCUGUACACCAACGACUGCAGUAG